CUGUACAGGAUGAUAAUUCCUCACUUUAACUUUGGGGCAAUUCUAACAUUAGCGAAUCACAUCAAAUACUACCAGAGUUACACAGCACAGAAAUGGCUCCAUUUGAUUGGCAAGCUGUCAGCAUUAUAACGAGAAUGCACAAAUCAAAAGAAAGUCACCCAAAAUAAAAUCUCUCAACAUAACAGUUAAUGGUCAUUUUGGCCAGCAUGGACCAGUUAGGCCGAAGAGCCUAUUUCUGCACUGUGUAACUCUACGAGUUAAGCAUUAUCACAAUCUGGGUGAUGCCUGGGGUCAACUAUCAGAAAUUUCUUUCAAAAUCCUGACCUCAGCACACCCUACUAGAUCUGCAUGUUACUUCCUAGACCAGCCUUUCCUCAGCCCAUGUGUACAUUUGCCAGCCCUCGCUAAGUAAAUGUCCUUUGGCUCUUCAAGCUCAGUCACAAGCAAAAAUAUCAUUCCCAACAUUGAGGACACUCAGGAACCAAGGACCCACAACUCUCUGGUGGAUUCCUGCGAUUUACAUUACCUUCAUUUCUAGAUAAGAGUCCAAAAGACAAAAUAAUUUAAAAAAAACACAAAAUGAUAAGUACACAAGUCUAGCAACACACAGAGCACGACUUCCAAGCAACAGCCGCUCAUCACAAAUGGAGAAGGUUACAGAGAAAAGUUUUUGAGCUGCUGAAAAAGAGAGGGGGAGGGUGGGGAGAAAAGAAAACAAAAAGGGAAGUGUGACAGGUUGGAAACAUUGGAAAAGGAAUAUGGCCUGAGAUGAGAAUGGUAAAGAAGGAUCUAGUAACAAAUGAACAAAAUUAACAGUUCCUAUCCAAAACAUUGGAAGGAGAAAUUGUGAUUACCGGAAAGCUGUAAAGUGCCCAACUGAAGUUCAUCCUACUAUGGCUGCAAAGUCAAAUCAAGAUGCUGCAGAUCAUGGAAGAGUACAGCACAGGAACAGGCCCUUCAACCCACAACGUCUGCACUAACCAUGAUAGCAAAUUAAACUAAACCUGCCUGCCUGUACAUGACCCAUGUCCCUCCAUUCCCUGCACGUUCAUGUGCCUGUCCCAAUGCUUCUUAAAAGCCACUAUAGUGUCUGCUGCCACUACCACCCCUGGCAGAGUGUUCCAGGCACCAACCACUUUGUGUAACAAAAACCUUGCCCUGCACAUCUCCUUUAAACUUUCCCCCUCUCACCUUGAAAAGAUGUCUUCUGGUAUUUGACAUUUUCAUUCUAGGAAAAAGACCAUUUAUGCCUCUCAGAAGUUUAUAAAAUUACUUCAGAUCUCCUUCAGCCUCUGGUGCUCCAGAGAAAACAAUUCAAGUUUGUCCAACCUCUCCUUAUAGAUAAUACCCUCUAAUCCAGGCAGCAUCCUCAUAAACCUCUUCUGCACCCUCUCCAAAGCCUCCACAUCCUUCCUCUAAUAGAGCAACUAGAACUGCACAUAAUACUCCACAUGCAGUCUAAGCAAAGUUUUAUACAGCUGCAACAUUACCUCCCAACUCAAAUGCCCCAACUGAUGAAGGCAAGUAUGCAGAACUUAUUUUUUGGGUAACUUUUGUUGCAACCCAAGAUCCCUCUGUACAUCAAAGCUCCCAAGGUACUGCCAUUAACUGCAUACUUUCCCCUUACAUUUGUACAGAGUGGUGGGUGUCUGGACUGCGCUGCCAGUGGUGAUAGUGGAGGUAAAUAUGAUAGAGGUGUUCAAGAGGCUCUAUUGUAGCCACGUGAAUAUGCAGAGAAUGGACGGAUAUGGACAUUGUGUAAGCAGAAGGGAUUAGUUUAGUUAGGGAUUUCAUUGCUAGUUUAAUCAGUUCAGCACAACAUCGUGGGCCAAAAGGCCUGUUCUUGUGCUGUACUGUUCUACGUUCUAUUUGAACUCCCAAAUUGCAACACCCCAUACUUGCUUCAAAUCUUGCCGAAAAAGAUUUGAAAAUCCCAAGAAGGAUAAAGGAACUGACGACAUUGUGGCCAAGUUUGCAGAUGAUACCAAGAUAGGUGGAGUGAUAGGAAGUGUCACAGAGGCAGAGUGUCUGCAGGACUUGGACAGAUUGGGAGAGUGGGCAAAGAAGUAAGACAAGAUAUCUCUAUAAGUCACAUGUAUAUCGAAACAUACAGUGAAAUACAUCAUUUUGCGUAGUGUUCUGGGGGCAGCCCGCAAGUGUCGCCACGCUUCCAGUGCCGACAAUGGCAGAUGGAAUACAGGGUAAGGAAGAGUGGAGUUAUGUACUUUGGUUGAAAGACUAUUUUCUAAACGAGGAGAGAAUUCAGAAAUCAGAGGUGCAAAGGGACUUAUUCCCUCAAGUUUAACUUACAGGUUGAGUCAGUAGUAAAUUUUAAAUUUUUUAAAUUUUAUUUACAGCGUGGUAACAGGCCGUUCUGGCCCAACUAGUCCGCACCGCCCAUUUUAAACCCAAUUAACCUAUCCAUAAGUCUUUGCAAUGUGGGAGGAAACCGGAGCACCCGGAGGAAACCCACGCAGACACGGGAGAACAUACAAACUCCUUACAGACAGUGACAGGAAUCAAACCCCAAUCGCUGGCACUGUAAUAGUGUGGCGCUAACCACUACGCUACCAUGCUGCCCCUGUAAAGGAAGGCAAAUACAAUGUUUGCAUUCACUUUGAGAGGACGAGAAUAUAAAAGCAAGGAUAUAAUGCUGAGACUUUACAAGGCAUUGCUCAGACCACAUUUGGAAUAUUGAGAGAAACUUUGGGCCCCAUAUCUGAGGAAACAUUCACUGGCCUUGGAGAGGAUCCAGAAGGUGGUCACAAGAAUGAUCCCAGGAAUGAAAGGCUUAGCCUAUGAGGAGUUUUCAAUGUUCCUGGGCCUGAACUCAAUGGAGUUCAGAAGGAUAAGGGGGAGGGGAAUCUCACUGAAACCCAGCGAAUACUGAAAGACCUGGACAGAAUAAACGUGGAGAGGAUAUUUCCAUUAGAGUCUAGGAUCUGAGAGUACAGCCUCAGAAUGAAAUGGAAUCCCUUCAGAAUUGAGAUGAGGAAGAAUUUCUUCAGCCACAGGAUGGUGGAUCGGUGGAAUUCGUUGCCGUGGAGGACCACAGAGGCCAAGUCUGUAUUUAAGGCACAGAUUAGCAGGUUCUUGAUUGUUAAGGGGUGUAAGGGUCAGAGGGGAGAAGGCAGGAGAAUUGGGGGGGGGGGGGGGGGUCAAAAAAAAAUCAGAGCAGACUGGAUGGGCUGAAUGGCCUGCUUCUGUUCCUAUAUCUGAUGGCCUAGAAAUAGUCAGAAGUCAGGCAGCCACCGUGGAGAGAGAAUCAGAGUCAACCAUGAAAAUACCUCAUUGAGGCACUACCUUGACCUUCUGCCGUCAAUAUCGUCAGCGGCCCCCCGACCUGCUACCGUAAAGGCGAGGGCGGCCGCCAAGUGUCGCGAAGUGCAGCGUUUCCAUGGCGGGCCGCUGGCCGCUGCUGCUGCUCCUGCUCCUGGCCUCGGUGCGCGGCCAGCGGGAGGCCGGGGUGUUCGGGCCGGCGUCGGCGCUCUCCGAGUUCCAGUUCGGGACGACGGCGGCGGCGGCUCCGGCGGACGGGCGGGCGGACGGCGAGCUGCCGCUGCUGCUGUGGUGGAGCGGGCAGCUCUUCCCGCACUUCCCGCGCCGCAGCCGACGCAUCGAGUGCGCGGCGGGCUCCUGCCUCAGCACCCGGCGCCGCGCCGCCCGCCGCCGCGCCGCCGCCCUCAUCUUCUACGGCACCGACUUCCGAGCGUACGAGGCGCCGCUGCCGCGCCCGGCCCGCCAGGCCUGGGCCCUCUUCCACGAGGAGUCGCCCAUGAACAACUACCUGCUGUCGCACGCCGCCGGCAUCCGCCUCUUCAACUACACGGCCACCUUCCGCCGACACUCGCACUACCCGCUCGCCCUGCAGUGGCUGCCCGGCCUCGGCUACCUGCGGCGCCCGCCGCUGCCCCUCGCCCACAAGCGCCAGCUCCGCCGCCACGGCCGCGCCGCCGUCCUCUACCUGCAGUCCCACUGCCAGGUGGCCUCCGACCGCGACCGCUACGUCCGCCGCCUCAUGGAGCACCUGGAGAUUGACUCCUAUGGUCAGUGCCUGCAGAACAAAGAGCUGCCCAGUGAACGGCUUGUGGACACUCUAACAGCUACAACAGAGGAUUCAGAGUUCAUGGAUUUCAUUAGCAAGUACAAGUUUCACCUUGCCAUGGAGAAUGCAAUCUGUGACGAUUACAUGACUGAGAAACUGUGGCGCCCCAUGCACUUGGGAGUGGUGCCAAUAUACCGCGGUUCCCCUGUGGUGCAGGACUGGAUGCCUAAUUCCCAUUCUAUAAUUCUGAUUGAUGACUUCAAAUCUCCAAAAGACUUGGCGGACUAUAUCAAUUUCCUCGAUCAGAAUGACGAGGAGUAUAUGAAGUAUCUAGAGUAUAAACAGCCAGGUGGCAUCACCAACACGCUACUGCUGGAGAGUUUGGAAAAGCGGGAGUGGGGCGUGAAUGACAUUAGCAAGCCCAACUAUUUGAAUGGAUUUGAAUGCUAUGUUUGCGAUCAGGAGAAUAUGCGCCUUCGGGCAGAGAAGGCUCAUCAAGAGCAGCCAGAUAAAUUUCCACCACCAGCCCCCAGGAUAGCUGCCUAUAAUCACAUGGGGUGCCCAGUUCCAGAGCCCGGAUAUGGAAGCUUUGAUGAGAUACCUGACAAUGACAGUUGGAAACAAAUGUGGCAGCAAGAUUAUUGGCAGAGCGUCGACCAAGCUGAAGCCCUGACUACCAUGAUUCUUCAGAAUGAGACUGACUCGAGUAAACUGUGGGAUUAUGUUCAUCAACUGAUGAUGAAGAGGAGCAAACACUAAUACUGGGAUUAAAGCGUUUUGCAAAUCCUGCUUGAAAAUCAUGCCAGUAGUGGAUAAAUACUACCAAUUAUGUGCGAUUUAAUGAUCAUGUAGACUCUCUAUAGAUCUAUUUUCAUUGAGAACAUUUUCUUACAAUUUUAUAUUUUUAAUAGUUUUUCUCAUAUUCAUUCUGCUCAUAAUGCCAAAAAAUAGGCAGCUUUUUAUACUUAUUGAGGAGUGUAAGAAAAGAAAUGUUCAACGUAAUUGAACUGACUGCAGGAAUCCAGUAGUCUAGCACACACUGUUACGUUAUAAAGGUGGUGCUAACCAGCAGCUUUAAAAGAGUUCCUGCCUUAAUAUCCGUGCAUGUUGCACUCAUUUGGGUUGGUAGGUUAAUUGUUCAUUGUAAACUCCCCCUACUGUGUAGGUGAGUGGUAGAAUAGGUAGGUUCAUAGAGUUAUACAGCACAGAAACAGGCCCAACUCAUCCAUGCCAACCAAAGUACCUAUCUACGAUAAUCACAUUUGGCCCAUAUCCUUCUAAACCUUCACUAUAAUAUUAACCUAAUAUUUUCCCCCGACUUUAACCUGCUCUUUACAUUCAUUGCACCUUAAUCAAUGCUGAUGACCCAACAGGAAAAUAAUAGAAAAGGCACACUUCCAUUUUAAUGUUGGAAGAGUUGAUGGGAAUGAGGAACAAUAAAGUGGGAUUAGACUAAAUGGGUGUUUAAUGUUCGGCACAAAUGGUGGAUUGUAGAGCCUGCUUCCGUGUUGGAUAACUCUGCAGCACUUUGGGUCUCUCCCUCUUCUGGACUUGUGGAUUUCUCCCCAGCUGCAAUUUAGAACAUAGAACACAACAGCACAGUACAGGCCCUUCGGCCCACAAUGUUGUGCCGACAUUUUAUCCUGCUCUAAGAUCUAUCUAACCCUAACCUCCCACAUAACCCCCUAUUUUUCUAUCAUUUAUGUGUCUAUUUAAGAGUCUCUUAAAUGUCCCUAAUGUACCUUUUAACAAGAUAAGUAACACUAAGUUAUGAUGUGGACAUUACAGAUAGGGAGUUUGUAUGUCACUUGGUCUUCCAAUCCUUAACCCUUUCAGUAUUGCCUUUUGUGAAGCGGCUACUGAUUCAAUGUGACUGCACUGUGCAAUGAAUUGACCUGUACGAUCGGUAUGCAAGGCAAGUUUUUCACUGUACCUCGGUACAAGUAACAAUAAUAAACCAAUACCAAUACCAAUAAUUUCAGAUCAAACUACAAAGCAGAAAACAACCAUUCAGCUCCAGACUCCCACCUCCCUCCACCUGUCACUCCCAGGAAGUGACCCCAUAUUUCCAACUUGCAACUGUUGCUCAAUUCCCCACCUCCAAUCUACUGUCCUGCCACCUGACCUCCCUCUCCCCCACCCCGAGUAUCAAUUUGACUAUAAACACCCCUACCAAUCCUCCAUCAAGCACCAGUUACUUCCCCCGACUGCCCACACAAGCCCCAAAUACCAUCCAUCCUACUGACCACAGAUCUCCAGCAGCCAACACUCACCCAACCUCUUUACCUGCCUCUAGUUCCUGACCACUCUACCUAUUGGUUAGCCCCGACUCUCCUGAUCCCUGACCCACCCACUCCACCCCAGAUCUCUGUACCCCCAUGGUGUGCAGGGCUGUGUCCUGGACUUGCCUGAUUCCCUCUAUGCACUCUGCAAGAGCAGUGCACACUAAAGAAACAAGAAGAGUGAAGCCAUGCAUCUGGAACAAGCAGUCAUUGGCCUGCUGUGAACUAUAAUGUGCCCGAUCAACCCACUUUCUGGGCAUCAGUAUUUCUUGACAACAGUCCCACUUUAGCAAUGAUACCAUCCUUGCAUAUCAUUGUCCCACUUGCACUUGUGUUUCACGAUCCAUUUUGUAAUAUGGGCAUCGGAUCUGUGCAAAUCGCUCCCCUGACCCAACCCAGGUUCUGUGUAAUUUCACAUGACUUCCUUCUUCUCCAGUAACUGGUCUGAAGCCAGGACCACGUAACUUCGGGUGAACCAAGAUUAAAGGUUUACGGUCAUAGAGUUAUACAGCACGGAAACAGGCCCUUUGGCCCAACUCGUCCAUGCUGACCAAGAUGCACACCUAAGUUGGUCCCAUUUGCCUGUGUUUGGCCCAUAUUCCUCUAAAUCUUUCCUAUUCACGUACCUGUCAAAUGCCUUUUAAAUGUCAUAAUUGUACCUGCCUCUACCACUUCCUCUGACAUGCACUCAUCACCCUCUGUGUGGAAAAAGUUGCCUCUCAGGUCCCUUUUAAAUCUUUCCUCUCACCUUAAACCUGUGCCCUCUAGUUUUAGACUCCCCCACCCUGGGCAAAAGACUGACCUUACACCUUAUCUACACCCCUCCUGAUUUUAUAAAUCUCCAUGAGGUCACUGCUCAGUCUCCUAUGUUCCAGGGAAGAAAAAUGUCCAAGUCCAGGCUAGAUAAACCAAAACCCACAAAUGUAAUUUUAUCCUUAUUUAAAUUUGGUGCCUUCUGCCUUUAUUUUUCAAUAUAGAUGUUUAAAAGUAAAAAAAUUCAUCCAGUCACAUGUGCUACACAUGUGGUGCCCUGUGUGAGUUAGACAACACUUGCAAAAUUUGAUUCUAGUGACUUAAUUUGGUUUCAACAGUACCAAAUUUCAGAAGCGAGGUGUAACCCCAAAUAUCUGCCUGUGUAAAUUCCCCCGCAAGUGAACGUGUGUGAUUAUGGUGAAGAAUGUUUGCUAAAUCAAAAGUGGGCAUUGGAAUUUGUAUUGCAGGGGAUAAGAGGCACAAAGUUGAAAGGAUGCUGUGUGUUCAGGGAGUUCAGCUUCACUUGAAGUUUCAAAGCAAAGGAGCUUCCAACCUUGAAAUGCAUUGCUUAAUAUUUAGAAGGAAGGUAUGGCAGGGGGUUAUAAAAAAUGUGCACAAAAAUAUUUUGAAGGCAUGGCUUCUGUCUUUGUACCUUGGGGGUCACCACUGCAGACCUUGCUGAAGAUUCAUUAUGUGGCAACUUGCAAUUGCUUCCUCUGUCUUUUCAAGGUUACUUGUUCAUUUAUCUUUUGGUCACGGGAGGUUCAGUGCUGCAGGUUUCCCCGUCUGCUUCACAGUGAUUGACAGCGGCGAUGUUGAAAUGGGGUUAAUUGAUGCCGGAGGGAGACCAAAGCUCCACUGAAGAACUGCCAGAAGGUCAAUUAUCUUAAGUUUUCAGUCAUUUCCAAAGCUUCAUGGUGUUCCUACAGAACACAAAUUGUACUCUUGAGGUAUAGUUUUAUUAACCACAUAAAUCACAAAGGUGCAUUGUUGAUUUUAGCUAUUUUUGACAAAAAUGAGUCUUUCAUCCUGGCAUGACCAGGGAAAGUAUCAGGAGGAUAGAACAUAGAAAAACUACAGCACAAUUCAGGCCCUUCGGCCCACAAAGCUGUGCCGAACAUGUCCCUACCCUAGAACUUACUAGAUAGUGCAACAAGAUAAUUUAAGAUACUAUGUUAUAUAGGUGUAGGAUGUACUUAAAUCACUAAAAAUACCCCUGCCUGACAAGUGUAUGGGUAUGAGAUUUAUAGCACAUGAUUAAUUUGGCAUCUGUGAAAUAGAGUAUUUCUUUUGCAGACGUUACAACUCAUAACACUACAUAGGAUUAUUUUACAAAGGAAUCAGUCCCUCGAUAGAACCAUUACAUAGUCAAAAUGGCAGUUCGACCUUUUAAAACAAAAUAAUUAUUUUAAAUUUUCGCAACAUUUAUAAAUUCUACAAUAGUGAAAAUAGUGGCUAUUUUUACAUUGGGAAAACAUUGGACCUCAAAUCCACAUGAACUAAACUGCUAAUCCACUGUUCCCCGUUUGUUGCCCUAGUGUUGGUGGAUUGGGGUGCAGUUAUCGAUUUCAGAAUAGUAUCCCAAUUACCAGUGAUGCAGUAUUACAUUUCUGCACUGCUGUAUGGUAACCUUUGGAGGAACUGCACUCAUUCUUUGUGCCUUCAGUGCAAUUCGGAUAUUUUCAUUAUUACGUUGAUUUAAAAUGGAUGCCAAAGGAUUGUUUAAAAUUGUUUCCCUGGGUUCUAUGUAAUUAUAGAUGUUGGUCAUUUUUGAGUAUUGUAUACCUCUCAACUUUAUCUACUUAGUGAGGUUAAAGUGGAAGACCAAGGAUUUUUUGUGUCUACCUGCUCAGAUGGUGCUGUUUACAGAACUUGUUGCCGAUAACCAAAGAAGUUUCUUGCUACAUGUCUCUUUAGUAUUCAUCACUACAUUGUAGAACCUGGCUACCCAGUCCAAACCUAACAGAAUUCAACUAUGUAUGUGUGAUUUGGUCUGGGUCAUGCCUUGCCAUGCCAGCUACAUUCUGUAUUUCAUCCAGGUCAGGAUGAUUUGCUUUGUAUUACUGCCCACAUUCCCUGUUCUCAAUCUAAGCCAGAUCCAUAGCAUGUUUGAAGUUGUUACAUUUCCAAUGAAAGAUGGGUUGGAGCAGGAAAGGAAGAAAAUUCAUCAAUCCUCAGGCUAGGGUUGAGUGUGGUUUGGCCAUGGUUGGGUUGGUUUAGGUUUUAAUUACAUACCUGUGUGUUGUGACUGACUGAGUCACCAGAGAGACACUGAAGCUGGCGAUAUUGAAGACUUCAGCAUAGCAGAUCUUCUGGAGAGAAUCUAGUUCUCCUCUCCCGACACAAUUUUUUAUACUUUUUGAACACAAAGACUGCAAUAAACGAUUAACUACAGUUUCUAUGGCUAUAAUUACCUACUUAACUUCAACAUUUUGAAUGUAGACUGGUAACUUUGCAGAAUUACAUAUUUACAAUGGUAGCACAUCCACUUUGAAUAUUCAGAUAUUGGUGGCUGGUCCAAAAGCUAAUUUUCAUGCCGUGAAACAUAUCUCUAAAUUGACACUUGACACCUGCUGAGUUAGUGGAAUCAGCAAUGGGUUAUGCAUUGCCAAUAAUGCAUCCAAGAACUGAUUUUGGGGAAGAAAAGAUCCUUCCCCGGUUGUGAAAUUACUCAAUUUUUCUGUCCCCAGGAAUAUAAAGUGAAAUGUAGCGUAUAGGGCCCAGCAGACAUGUUUCUUGCAGAUCUAGAAGAAAGAUAUAACCAUUCUCAUGAAAUAUGCUGCAGUAAUUAUGAUUUGACAACUGGAUCAUAUUUUCUGAAUUGUAACAUGGACAGUAUUGGACAUUUUUUGCACAAAUAAAAGCAGUAUCAUGACAAGAAUUUAGAAAGAAUUUGACCUUUCGGACAGAAGUCUGGCUUAUUUAUUUUGUAUUUUUAUCUGUUCUUUCCAUUUACCCUGUGUGUGUGUGUGUGUGUGUGUGUGUGUGUAUAUAUAUAUAUAUAUAUAUAUAUAUAUAUAUAUAUAUAUAUAUAUAUUUGAAUAUAAGUUACUUGUGAGGAGCUUGUUCUGAACAUGUUGUAGAACACAUCUUCAAAAUUACCGAAUCAAUCCCAGUGGUUGGGGUCUUGCUGUUAUUUUAGUCAUGUUAUAUAAGCUAAAAGAGAGAAGUUGUGACUUCCCAAAUGCAGAUAAUGCUGGAUACAAGAUCAAUAAAAAUGAUAAUUCAAAAAUGA